GCACGGCGGCUUGGCCGUGCCACAGCGGCGCGACCCUUCGAUGAGGAGGAAAGCCGGGCGCGGGCGGAGGAGGCCGAUGGCGAGGAGGAAAUGGAACGACACUCCGAUGUGAGAAGCCGAACUGAUGAGGAUGGAAGAAGACGACGCAGAUUAGAUUGGCCCAGGCACAGCCGGAGCAGCUCGGAGGAGGGUCAACGUGCUCAAGCACCCCGUGCCACUGGCAGCGCUUCCUCUCACAUUCGUGUGGAGGAGUUGGCCCAAAGCCGAGUUGGAAGCAAGCAAAGCUCCAAAGGCCUCAAGGGUCAGACUCCACGAGAAAGAGAGGCCUUCCUCUUGGAGGAUUCGCCGGAGGCGUCAGAUCUGCAGAAGUGGACUGAAGACCUACGGCGAUGGGCUCAGGAAGUGGAUGUGGAGGAUGAGCUCCCUGAGGCGUCACGCGAUUCAGCCACCUCCAGGCGGAAUUCCUGGAUGAAGGAGGCCGUGGAGGAUUCCUGGAGGCAAUCGCUGGCGUGGGAGAAGUCGGACCCUGCGCAGCCGUGCCUGGCGGAUCCGAAGGGAGUCAAGGAAGACGAGGACUCCGAGGAUGCGGCUUCAAGGCAUGAAGCGGCCACACGCUUUGUGGAAGCCUUCAAGGAUUCCAAGGCCAAGGAGUUCAAAGCCAAGGUCGGUCAAGGCGUGGUCUUUCAGCCGACCCAGCCGAGCACCCGGCCGCAGCCGCAGCCGCAGCCGCAGCCAGCUGCCACGGUGCCAGUGCCGGUGCCAGCCAAGCUGGCAAGGCCCAAGACGGAGCAGGACCGAAUGGAGCUGGAGCGAUCGACGCGACGGGCUCUGGAAGAGGCCGAGUUUUGGGAUUUGCCGGUGGAGGAGGCGCUGCGCUCCUUGAAGGCUCGUGGCUACCGCAGUCAGGAGCACACCAAGCGCAUCGCCGACGCCUUCGAGCGCCGCAAGUCCCGGCGGCGACCGGCCGCGGCGCCGAGCGACGCACCGCGAGCUCCGGUCGCUCCGUUCGCGGGGCCAGCGGGACCGGUGCUAGGACCUGUGGCGCUGACAGGCACAGGCUUGGGCAAAGGACCCUGGCUUGAACAGCGACUCCCAAAGCCACAGGUAGCGUCCAUCCAGCUGCACCUCAGCGACGACCUCAGCGAACAAGAGGCCCAGCGCUUCCUCCAGGCCGCCGCCCAGGCCGCAGGCGUCGACCCUCGACGCCUGCGCCUCAAAGGCGUCUCGCGCACGGCCGCGGCGCCGCCGGCGCCCCCGGCGCCCCCGCCCCCGCACCCGGCGGGGUCGGGGACCAGUCGGCCGGGAGUGUGAGGUACAUAGGCCAUAGGCUCAGAGGCCAGGAGUUGUGUGGGA